AUGUCGGAUAACGUUGUUCCGGAUCUUCCGGAUAACAGAACUCCAAAGACUGAAAACGAAGUCAUGGAGACCAACUCCCCAAAUGGUGACACAGCUCCUGUUGCUGAAAUCAUCAUCGGAGGUCAACCGCUCAUGAAGGUUCCGAAUGGUCCCAUCGUCGUCAAGGAUGCAACCCUCGCUCCGACUCCAGCAACAGUUGUCGAAUCGAAAUCGAAGAAGACAGCUGCAGCAAUCGCUGCCACCGAUUCGACCGCUGCUUCUCAAGCCGCUGCUCAGUCAACCGAGGCGAAUGCUCUCGUGAACGGACAAGAGACUCAAGGUGUUUCGGAUGAGAAAAAGAAUAAGAAGACCGCCCCAAUCCAACUCUCUUCUGCCGAGCAACCGAAGAUUGCCGAAGAGAUGGAGGCCAUCGCCCUUGGCGCCGACAUUGAAGCCACACCGUUCGCUGAAAUCGACCGCCGCAUUCGGGCUCGUUCGAGCCGAUACUCGGAGAAGGAUUUCGUCUGCCCAAAACCAAAUAUCCAUCAUGAUCAUCAUUUUCUUAUUUUGUCAUAA